UGCUGGUGAUGCUUAUCAAAGAUGCCUCCCAUCCGACGAGAGCAAUCCCCUGGAAUAUACAUUUCUGGGGACAAACAUUCAGGCUAGGAUUUUGGCACACAUUGCUGUAAUCUCAUCAGAGGGAAUUUCCCGGAAUUCUCUUUUGGUACGCCAGGAUUUUAUCAGGUGAGAUUACCGCAGUCUGAGCACGAAUUUACACACAUCUUCCACACCUUGUCGUGCAGGGCUCCAGGAGCCCGGGUCCGGCCAUGCCGAGCCCCACAGGCAGGCGGCCAGCGCAGGGAAGGCUCGGCCGGCCGGGGGAGGACCCGGUGUCCCCGCCACGCCUCCCGGCGUCCCGGAGGAGCCGCGGGACCCCGGCGGGAUCGGGCGCGGAGCAUCGCCCGGAGCGCACCGGGAGCCGCGGGCAUGGCAGGCAAAGCCCACAGGCUGAGCACGGAGGAGAGGGAGCAGCUGCUGCCAAACCUGAGAGCCGUGGGGUGGAACGAGGUGGAAGGCAGAGACGCCAUCUUCAAAGAGUUCCACUUCAAGGACUUCAACCGGGCCUUUGGCUUCAUGACCAGAGUGGCUCUACAGGCAGAAAAACUGGAUCACCAUCCCGAGUGGUUCAAUGUGUACAAUAAGGUUCACAUCACCCUGAGCACCCACGACUGCGGGGGUUUGUCGGAGCGAGACAUCAACCUGGCCAGCUUCAUCGAGCAGGUGGCAGCUUCCCUGGCCUGAGCAGGGAUCCACGCAGCCACAACCCCACUGUGCCACUGUGUCCUGCCUCCAGAGCCUCUUCCCACUCCCAAGCUAGAUCCUGGUUCCAGACAGCCCUGACACCUCGCCAGCCCCCCAGCGCAGCUCGGAUGGAUGGAGGCACUUCUCAGGGUGCACGUGUCCAUCUCUGAUCUUGCAGAUUCCAUCCUUGGAAUCACACCCUUAGCUAUGUGAUCCCACACCCCCAGCUGCUGAGCUCCUUUCCAGGAGUCAGUCAUAUCACAGAGUCAUGGGAUGGUUUGGGUUGGAAGGGACCUUAAACAUCUCCUUGUUCCAGCCCCUGCCAUGGCAGGGACACCUUCCACUGUCCCAGGCUGCUCCAAGCCCCAUCCAGCCUGGUCUUGGGCACUGCCAGGGAUCCAGGGGCAGCCACAGCUGCUCUGGGCACCCUGUGCCAGGCCUGCCCCCCCUGCCAGGGAAGGAUUUCUUUCCAAUACCCUAUCUAAACCUAUUCUGUGUGAAUCCAUUCCCCCUUGUCCUGUUACUACAUGCUCUUGUAAGAAGUCCUUCAUGUUUCUUGUCAGUUCCUUCAGGCACUGGAAGGCUGCAGUGACAUCACCCCAAAGGCUCUGUUCUCUGGGCUGAACAAUCCCAAUUCUCUCAGCCUUUCCUCACAGCAGAGGUGCUCCAUCCCUCUGAUCAUCCUGGGACCUCCCCUGGUCUCGCUCCAACAGGUUAAUGUCCUUCCAGAGCCAAGUUACACCACUGCACCAUAAAUCUGCCCCCAUCCUGCCCCAUCACUGCUCCUUACCUCCUGGAAUGUGCUUUCUGCCCAAAACCUGUUUUGUGACCCCUCUGGCUUCUCUGUACCCAAGCAGCAGAGUGCUGUGCAGUCUGUCACUGACCCCUCUCCAGCAGUAUUACAUCAGGCACGUGGUCUCACCCCCGCCUUUCACAGGAUACCAACUGAAAAUGUUUACAAUAAACAUCUCAUUUAACCUGA